GGAUCGGUAGCUCAUCUAGCUAAUUGAGUCUCUGGUCAGUUUAAAUAGCCUUCCUUAAACCCUCUAAGUAAGUAUUAGCAACUUAAUUGCAAGGCUAGCUAACUCUGCUGUCUCUUGAUCAUCAGUCUUAAGUAAAGUACACCUCUCUGAUCUCGAUCUUGUACGUGUGAGCUUAGUCGGCUCAGCCAUAGCUAUGGCCAUGGCCAGGGAUCACACCCUUGGGCUCGAGUAUUCAGGCUAUAAUAGCACCGCCACCGCCAUCACCGAAGACCACGAGUUCAGAGACAUCAGUGGACUAGGCCCUACUAACUGGGAUUGGUCUCCGGUGGAAAACUGGGAACAUCUUGUAGGCCAAAACGAUUUAGACCUCAUUGAGUCCAUGAUGGACGACGGAGGAGGACUCAUCUACAACCUGGCUUCAGACGUGUCUGUCGAAGACGGGUCGUCCCUCUCCGAUUCCACCUCCACCGAGGAGAUGGCCUUGGACGAGCAAACGAACGACGACAACGGGAACGGUCUGAGGCUGGUCCACCUCCUUUUGGCGGCGGCAGACGCGUUGAACGGCGCUAACAAAAGCCCGGAUCUGGCCCGGGUGAUACUGGUUCGGCUCAAGGAAAUGGUCUCUCCCACGGAUGGAACUAACAUGGAAAGACUAGCGGCGUAUUUCACGGAGGCCCUUCAAGCCCUGCUAGAUGGCGCCAGCGGUGUCCACCCCAAGCACCUCAUCACCAACGGUUUCCACCGCGACGACCACCACAAUCAGACGGACGUGCUCCACGCGUUCCAGCUCCUCCAGGACAUGUCACCCUACGUCAAGUUCGGCCAUUUCACGGCCAACCAAGCCAUCCUCGAGGCCGUGGCAAACGACCGCCGCGUCCACAUCGUCGACUACGACAUCAUGGAAGGCAUCCAGUGGGCCUCCCUCAUGCAAGCUCUGGUGUCCCGCAAGGACGGCCCCCCGGCCCCACACCUCCGAAUCACCGCUAUCUCCCGGACUGGUGGUUCUGGAAGCGGAAGAAAAUCGAUCUCCUCCAUUCAGGAGACCGGCCGCCGCUUGACUGCUUUUGCGGCGUCGAUCGGUCUGCCCUUCUCGUUCCACCAGUGUAGGUUGGAUUCGGACGAGACGUUUCGACCGUCGGCUUUGAAGCAGGUGAGAGGGGAGGCACUUGUGAUCAAUUGUAUGCUACACCUACCCCACUUCAACCACCGGGUACCCGAGUCCGUGGCUUCCUUUUUAUCCGGAGCCAAGACCCUCAACCCGAGGAUAGUGACCCUGGUAGAGGAGGAGAUGGGCCACGUCGGUAAAGGAGAGUUCCUGGAACGGUUCGGGGAUACCCUGCACCACUACUCGGCCCUGUACGACUCGCUGGAGGCCGGGUCCCCCAUGCAGAGCCGGACCAGGGCUUUGGUGGAGCGGGUGUUCUUCGGGCCCCAAAUAGCUGGGUCGUUGGCCCGAAUCUACAGUGGCCGUGGGGAGGACAAAUGGGGGGAGUGGUUGGCUGCCGGAGGGCUCAGGCCAGUGCCCAUAAGUUUUGCGAAUCACUGCCAAUCGAAGCUUUUGUUGGGCCUGUUCAACGACGGCUAUAGGGUGGAGGAGCUGGCCAAUAACAAGAUUGCCUUGGGGUGGAAAUCGCGGCUUUUGCUGUCAGCUUCUGUUUGGACGCCUCCGGACUCUGACCUGUAACUUAAUUUGCUUUCCAAUCAUUUCUGUGCUUUUUCAGUCUGCUGCCAUUGUUUUCUUUUGAGCUGUGUCGUUAGUUUUUAACCA